AAUGUUGUGGAUCUUUUUCUCUCUAUUCCCCUUUUCUGUAGCAAAUAUUUGGAACUUAGGGACCAUCCAAAGCGUUGGUAUAAUAGCCGGUGAACUUCUGUGCGAUAAUAUACCUGGAUUAGUCACUGCUCAGAGACGCCUUUGUACGCGACACCCACAUUUAAUGCAGCCAAUUGCCAUUGGGAUACGAAAUUCAAUAUUUGAAUGUCAAUUUCAAUUUCGAUAUGAACGAUGGAACUGUUCGCUGGAUUGGAAAUUUGGAGGCGUUUCUGCACUAGUUGUUAGUAGAGAGUCAGCUUUUGUCCACGCUAUUGCCUCGGCAUCCGUAUUACAUACUCUCUCUCGCUCUUGUGACUCUGGCUAUCCAAACUGUCCAUGCUUACAUAAAUAUCACUAUAAGGAAGGUGGAUGUUCUUCAAGUGCUACAUUUGCUCUGCGUUAUGGACGAAAAUUUAUUGAUGCCCGUGAAAAAGUUUCAAAGGAUGCUCAGUCUGUUAUUAACUUACACAACAAUCGAGUUGGACGAAGGGUCUUGCGACAACUACAAAAAAAACUUUGUAAAUGUAUCGGGACAAGUGGUUCUUGUAUAGUACGUCAAUGUUGGAAGAAAAAUGCCCCACUGCGAAGAAUCGGUCAGGAGUUACGAGCAAGAUAUGAUAAAUCAAAGAAAGUUGUAGCAAGAGAUGGAAAAAUAAUCUUUGGUAGCUCAUCUUCUCACCGUAAUGAUUUAAUCUUCUUAGAAAAUUCACCGGAUUAUUGUUCAACAUCUGGUAGAACAUGUACUUUGAAUAACUGCGAUAAGUUAUGCUGUGGAAGAGGUUUCAAGUUAACAAAAGUCGAAAGAAAAAACAAAUGUAAUUGUAUUUUUAAAUGGUGUUGUGAAGUGGUUUGUGAAGUUUGUUCUAGCUUUCAAGCACAAACUGUUUGUAACGAUUAG